GAUAUAUGGCAACCCUGUUUUCAAAGCCACAGCAACAACGACGCGCUGCCUGCAAAAAAUAGCCAUUAUUUGUGUUUGUGUCUCAAAAUUGUGAAAUAAAACCAAAUGGAAUCUCCGGCGAUCAAUGAUAUUGCAGCUGGCAUGGGUGGUGAGAAGCUGGAGGUCUUCCGGAAGCUGAAUCUCCUGGAACAGCAUCGCGUGGAGAGCUUCAAGAGUUGGCCCUUUCCAGAUACGGCUUUGUGCAGCAUUUCAAAGAUGGCCGAGGCGGGAUUCUAUUGGACGGGCACAAAGCGGGAAAAUGAUACCGCCACUUGCUUUGUGUGCGGGAAAACGCUCGAUGGCUGGGAAUCUGAGGAUGACCCGUGGAAGGAACAUCGCAAACAUGCUCCUCAGUGCGACUUCGCCAAGCUAUCGUGUCCCGAAAAGAAUUUAACUGUCUCUCAAUUCCUCGAAAUACUUGGAACUGUUGUAAAAGGCAGCAUAGAGAAAACCUGCAAAGCCUUCAAAGCUAGCUUCAUUCGGGAAAACGAGGAGCGUCUAAAUGAGUUUACGCACAAUCAAAAAUAGAACAGUAAUAUUUAAAAAUUUUUAAUAUAUAUUUAACCCUUUGUUUAUAAAGAUUUGCUAAUAAAACGGGAUGUUUAUGCCAUAAUAAAAACAA